GUAAACGCGUUGCUUUGCGGGUCAGGCUUUGAUACUUUAAAACUACACUUCCCUUAUAGUGGUCUUUGUGGUUUUGUCAACGGAUAACCUGGGCUAGGGCAUACUGCAAUAAUUCUGGAGCUGAUUGCAGUCAGCUGCGUCGUCGCUGGGCAAAAACACCGAUCCCUGUACAUUGCCGACAACUGACAGACAUGUCAGAGACGUCGAGUGAUACAGAGUCAUCCUGUGGUUGGACCAUCAUUAGCAAUGAGGGUUCAGAUAUUGAGACGUUGGCAUCUGAGGCCACAGUGGAAUAUGGAGCUGAGUUGCUAGAGCGCCCCCCAGUGGAGGACACACAGGCCUCUGUAUCUGGUGCUGUGUGUGUAGAACAAAGAGGCACUGAUUCACUUGAUGACACACUGGGUGAACAAGCCAUAGUUUGCUCAGAGGCCGGAGACAAUGCUACAGGGAAGGAGCAUGUGACUCUGUUGUCCUCCAGCGAUCACUCUGACAUCAUGACCCUGGGAGACCUGAAGGAGGAUGAGCACGCAGAGGUGGGAGAGGAGGCAGCAGCCAGUGGGGGAUUCUACCUUGGCACGUCCUGCAGCAGCCAGUACGCCUUCACUGCUCCAGAGACUGUUUUUCCAGUGCAGCAGCCUGCAGUGACAAACUCAAGCAGCAGUGAGGAUGAGGCAGGACAAAGCACCAGUACCGUCGUACGACGACGUAGGCUGAGGAAGAAUACAACGAGCAUCAAGACAAAGACUGAGGAUGAAGAGGCGCUGGAGUCUGGUCUGAGUGAGGAGGAGGAGGAGGUCAAAGAAGAGAAGCAGGAGGUGGUGCAGACUCAAGUUAAACCUGCUGCUGCUCCAGACGUCCAAAGGCCAGGCCAGGGAAGCGGCAUCCUCAACAGAUGUAUUGUGCUCGCCCUCAUCGUAGCCAUCAGCGUGGGCUGUGGACACUUCUUUACCAUGAUGCAGAUUCAAGGAAAACAGAAAACAGUGGAGAAAAUCCGAAUGAAUGAGCUCGAUGGUGUGAGUGAUUUGCUUCAACGACAUGUUAGAGAACAACCUUUUACAAACCAGAGGGGACACUUUGGCUUGGAUGACUUGGAUGAGCAAAAACCUAUUUCACUGCUCACAGAGGUGAUUGAGAAAGUAAAGAAAGAGAACCAGGAGCUCAGCAGCAAACAGGCGCACAUUCAGGCACAGAGAGAUGACCUGGAAAUGUUGCUGACACAGAGAGAUGAGGAGAGGACUAACAUGAUGUCGCAGCAACAGAGGUUGACUGUUGAAAACCAGCUGCUGAAAAGCUCAUUGGAACAUGAGGAAAAGUCUCUGUCCACCUUGCAGGAGGAGCUGAGAAAUCUGCGCUCUAAGAUUAGUGAUCUGGAGACAAUGGCAGCUGGCACUGACUCGCUGCUACUGGAAAACCAGAGGCUGAAAGAUCAGCUGGAAGAGGAGAAGCAGCUGAUCAGAAACUUCCACAGCCAGAGGGAAGAAUCGAUGGCUGAAGCACAGACAGUGAAGAAGCAGCUCGACAAGGAAAGGAAGGUCACAGAUGAACUGAGGAGAGAGCUGAAUCGCCUGAGAAGUCGCAUUCCUGGCACUCAAAAGGAGGCUGGUUCAGAGGAGCUACAGUCACGUCUGAUGGAGCUGGAGAAGAGGCUGAGCUUCGAGCAGCAGCGCUCUGACUUGUGGGAGAGGCUGUAUGUGGAAACCAAAGAAGAAAGGGCCAAAGGAGACACAGAGCCCAGAGUGAAAAAACCAAAAGAGGCCAUGGCAGGGAAAGUGAAAGAGACAUUUGAUGCGGUGAAGAACUCCACCAAGGAGUUUGUCCACCACCACAAGGAGCAGAUUAAGAAAGCAAAGGAAGCCGUGAAGGAGAACCUGAGGAAGUUUUCAGAUUCUGUCAAAUCAACUUUCCGACACUUCAAGGAUUCAGCUUCAGCUUUCAUCAACAAGGCCAGAGGAUUUUAUAACAAGAGAUAUGAUGAGAAGACUAUGAAAGAGUUGUGGCAGCACAGAUUCUACAAGUCUCACAGACCUACACAAAAAUAUGACAACACCAGGAAAUCAGGUGACAAAGUUCACGACAGUCGAGGUCAAAACAGCCACAGAUCCAAGGUGAAAGGAUGUUCCGGGGUUUUUGACUGCGCCUACCAGGAGUCAAUGAGCCUUUUCAACAAAGCCUUGGAGCCAAUUAGAGCAGACGAGUUUCACCAGCUGCUGCAGAGCUACCUGCAGCAGGAGGUCCACCAUUUCCACCACUGGAAAGAGCUGGAGAUGUUCAUCAAAAACUUCUUCCACAAUGGACUGUUCAUUCAUGACCAGAUGCUUUUCACAGACUUUGUCAGUGGUGUGGAGGAUUACCUGACGGACAUGCAUGAGUAUUACAGCCUUGACAAUAAUGUGUUUGGAGAUCUUGGCGAUUACAUCUACAGGCACUUCUUUGGAGAGGGAUACACAAAAAGCUAUGGCCCAAGUGGGCCAUUUGAAAGACCUGACAUGGAUUCAAAGGAUCCAGGGCCAAAGCAACAGCGUAAGCAGCAGCGAAGCAGAUCUCGAUCACACAGUGAACGCAAGUGGAGCAGAUCUGGAAGAAAUGCAGACAGACACAUGGCUGAUGUCAAAAUAGAACUUGGUCCGAUGCCGUUUGAUCCCAAAUACUAAAAAGAUCUCAGCUGGUUUCAGAUUGUAGUUACAAGUUUGAUGUUGGGCUGUAUUUAGAUGCAAAGUCUCCUUUUUUGUAAGUUUGCACAAUGUUACCUUUUAAUGCUACUGAAUGACCUUGAGCUGUUUUGCAUUUAAUGAAGUAGCCAUUAGGUUUAAGUGGAAGAUAUGGCAUUUGUACCAUGGGAGUGAGGAGUUCAUUUAAUAUUUCACAUUAAGUGAAGCAGUAAAUUACAGAUCUGAUUAUUUCUUACUGAAAUUGCACUUCUGUAUAGAAAAGUUAAAAAUCUUUAGCAAAAAAUUUUAACUUGGGAACCCAGCUCCUGUACUAUGUUAAACUAAAAAAGACGUGCCACAUUGAGGACGUCCUGGUGUACAGCCAUGUAGUUUUAAUUAGCUGCUACAAAGAGGUUUGUGUGAUGUGGUUGUAAUUUGCUUCGAGUUUAAAAAGCUGCUUUUCUCACAUUCCACCUCAAGCUUAUUUUAACUGGACAUGGCAAUUUUAUUUUACUGUACCCAAGUUGGAAAAAACUAGAAAAAUAGGUUCACAUCUAAUUUAAUUAUGGGGGAAAAACUGAUUUACUCUUAACAUCUGAUGUGAUAUUUCAAGUUAUGAGUUUAAACUAUUCCUCCUGUAGCAAAUCACCUAACAUUAUCAAUGAGGAAACAA